AUGUCAUUUGCCGGCGUCUCUCUCGUCGGCGGCGAUGGCGAGGCCGUCGGCCACGCCAUCAACGUCUCCGCGGCCAGCGGGUACCACCUGCUCGUGGUUAACCGCUACUCGCACAUCAAAGCCAUUACACCUAAUCGCAGAAACAUCCUCUCUCUCCCUUUCAUGAUAGGAGGUCAUCGUUGGCGCAUCAGCUACUAUCUUAAUGGCGACCGCUCAAAGUGUGCGGACUCUGUAUCUCUUUAUUUUCUUCUCGAUGAAAAUGCCGUGGAGCGUCUGAAGGUACAGUUUGGAUUUAGUUUCAUCGACGAGCUUGAGAAGCAAGAUUCAACAUAUAUUCGUGCAAAAAAGGCAGACAAUUUCUCCAGCUGUCACCCCUCUUGGGGUUACAGGAAUUUCAUGAAAAGAGACGCCCUUGAGAAAUCAAAGCAUCUAAAAGAUGAUUGUUUCACCAUCCGCUGUGACGUCGCCAUUGCCACGACAGUUGAUCUCCUCAUCAAGGUGCCGCCUUCUAGCAUAAAACAGCAUAUCAGCGACCUUUUCCUGUCCGAGGAGGGCACGGACGUGACAUUCAUGGUGUCCGGUCAGAAGUUCGCUGCCCACCGAUGCGUGCUUGCAGCUCGGUCUGUGGUUUUCAAGGCGGAGCUGCUUGGCUCCAUGAAGGAGGGCACUGUAGCAAGUGUCAUAGAUGUAGAAGACAUGGAAGCAAAGGUGUUUAGGUCCUUGCUUGACUUUAUUUACACCGACUCGCUGCCCAAGAUGGAGAUAGACAUGGGGGGUGAGGAAGGAGAAGCCCAGGAAGCAUUGUGGCUGCAACACUUGCUUGCAGCAGCGGAUAGAUAUGAUCUCCAAAGGCUCAAAGGACUAUGUGAAGAAAAGCUGUGCUCUCACAUAGAUGUGAGCUCGGUGACGACUAUUCUUACUCUAGCUGAGCAGCAUAAUUGUCAUGGGUUGAAGGAGGUUUGCUUUGAAUUCAUCAAGACUCCCGCCAAUUUGAAGGAGAUAACGGCGGCUGACGGCUUGGAGGACAUAACUAGAACCUGUCCUUCUCUUCUGAAGGAGCUCAUUGCUAAGCUUGCUUCCUAA